ACCUUUAGCUGAAUAUAUAUUAAUGUAAGAAUACAUUGUUUAAGAUUAUUCCUUGUGUCAUCAAUAUCAGUGUGUAGGAUUCAGUUAAUGCGAGGCACUUUUUCCUGAAGUAGUACUUGCCUGAGUUUAAUGGCUACGAAUAAUCCCAUCAUCGAUAAAGAAAAGGAUGAAAAAGUUAAACGAGAGAGUUGCGAUGAUUCUGAAGAUGAAAGUGAGAAUUUAGAAGAAAGCCCUUGUGGGCGAUGGCUAAAGCGAAGAGAGGAAGUGCAGCAGCGGGAUAUACCUGGUAUCGAUGCUGCUUACCUUGCUAUGGAUACUGAAGAAGGUGUUGAAGUUGUGUGGAAUGAAGUUAAAUUUUCUGAGCGAAAAAAUUUUAAAUAUCAAGAGGGGAAAAUUCGGGGUGUUUUUGAUAGUCUCACUCAACUUGACCAUCCAAAUAUUGUAAAGCUUCAUAAAUAUUGGAUUGAUAAGGAUUCAGAGAAACCUAGAGUUAUCUUUAUUACUGAGUAUAUGUCUAGUGGGUCUUUAAAACAGUUUUUAAAGAAAACUAAGCGCAAUGUCAUAAAAUUGCCACUUCUGUCAUGGAAAAGAUGGUGUUCUCAGAUUUUAUCUGCUUUGAAUUAUCUCCAUUCAUGUUCUCCACCUAUUAUUCAUGGUAAUUUAACAUGUGAUACUAUAUUUAUUCAGCAUAAUGGGUUGAUAAAAAUAGGCUCAGUAGCUCCUGAUGCCAUUCAUUAUCACGUGAAGACGUACAGGAAAGAUAUAACAAAUAUGCAUUUUAUGGCUCCUGAAUAUAGUACCAAGUUGUUUCCUUUGGUUACACCAGCUGUUGAUAUAUAUGCAUUUGGUAUGUGUGCUUUAGAAAUGGCUGCAUUAGAAAUUCCCAUCAAUGGCGAUACUGGAAAUCAAGUUACUGAUGAAGUUGUAAAUAAAACUAUUGAGUCUUUGGAAAAUCCAUUACAGAAAGAUUUUAUCAGAAAAUGUUUGUGUAAAAAUCCUUCAGAGCGACUUACUGCCCGCGAACUUUUAUUUCAUCCUAUAAUUUUUGAAGUACAUCCAUUGAAACUUUUAACUGCUCAUGUAGUCAUGAAAAUUACUUCAUACCAACCUGAUCAGCUUACUGAUGAGGCUUUGCGUUCAAGAUAUAAUCAUCAGAAUGAUAUCUUAGCUUUCGUACCUAUUAAAGGUGGUAAACCUGGGCCUCAAAUAAGUCGUACUGAUGCUCAGAAACUAGAACUUGAGAAAUUCUUGGAUGAUGUUCGUAAUGGUAUUUAUCCCUUAACAGCUUAUGCUUCAACACAUGUCCCUAUUAUUCAGCGUAGAACUACCUCUCCCGAAAUGACAGAUUCUGCCAAAUCAACAUCCCCAGAAGCACCUGAUGUGGAAACUAGGCGGAUAGUUAAUAUUAUGUGUAAUAUAAAACCUCAAGAAGAAGGACAGAAUUUUGUGAUGACUAUUCUUUUGCGAAUGGAUGAUAAAAUGAAUAGGCAGCUCUCUUGUGAAGUAACUCAUCAAGAUACUCCAUAUGAAUUGUCAGAAGAGUUGGUUUUUCAUGGUUUCAUAAAUCGUGAAGACCGUGAUAUGGUUACUAACCUCAUUGGAGAUACUUUAAGUCGUCGUCAUAUUCCCGAUCACCCUCUUCCAACAUCAGUUGCAAGUGAAGGAACUGCCUAGAAUAUUUUUCAAACCUUUAUUUUAUAGCUUUCCUCAGUUGGUGGAUAAUAACACUUAGAUGCAUAUCUAUACCCUAGUUAAUAAAUGCUGAAUUAACUAUUUGAUUUUAUGAAUUGACAAUAACAUAUAUUAUUUAAUAAAGAAUAAUGAUUCUUUUGCUUGAGCAAAAUAUAUAUUUAAUAAUAUAUGUUGCAUAUUUGUGACUUUAUUCUAGAAAAAUUUCAUCAUUCUGAAAUAUUGGAUGUGUUUAAUUAUCUAUGUAUUAAACUAAAAAUUGAAUAUAAAAUGCUAUGUUUGGGAUUAGUAAAUUUAUUCAUUAGUGUAAAUUACAUAUAUACUAGUAAAUACUUUUAUUGUUUUGAGGUAUUUCUUCUACAACUUCACAGGAUACUUUGAUGGUGUUUUAAGUAGAGGAGCAUAUUUAUUCCAAUUUAUUCCAAUAAAAUACAUAAAUUAAAAAGA